UUCUCCAUCGCCCUGCAACGCUCCCGCUCUCUACAGCCUCACUCGUACUCCGCGUGCAAAUGCAAAAGACCAUUUUCCCCUUCUCCACUCGAUUUCCACUGACUUUCCGGUGACUUUUCCGGUCACCUGACGGUGAAUCCGGUUUCCGUUGUCCGUUUACACCCAGUGGAUCCUGAAGAUCGAUAAUGGACACUGAGAAUAAAGCUGAGCUUGCAGUUGCUGGACUGGAACCUGAGACUGAUACUAAGACAGCGAAACAGGAUGCGUCUCCUUCUCUGACUGAUGGCACAAAUCCAAAAGUUACAGCUCCUGUUACCGCUUCUAUGGGUGUUACUACUUCUGCUAAUGGAUCUAGUGUAACCUUUCCUCAACAAAAUGGCAAUUUUCAGGGAAGUCAUUUGAACUAUGAUGCAUACGCUUAUUAUACGUACGGGUUUAACCCAUAUGUGACUGGACCAUACAUGGGGUAUGAUGGACAACCGUACUAUGCUCCAUCGUAUGGACCUGAGGCUUGUUUUUCAUGGGAUUCGGCGUAUGCCACAAAUUUACCACAGGGAAACGGUAGUAAGUCCGAGAAUCCGACAUCGGGUCCCUAUACUCCUCAAGGUUCUGAUUCCAAUAGCUCUAUUCCUUUGGAAUCAAAUGGAAAUGGUUCUGUUAGACUUCCCCUUAAUACUCAUGCACAGGCUUUCGAACCGCAAAAUAAGGGAAAACAGGCUGCAGGACAAUUUCCAAGAUUUGCUGACCCAAAGCAAGGUUCUGGUCCAUAUAAUGGUCAUGUGAACGGAAACUCAAACGGUGGUGUAUGGGUUCCCAGAGAUCGGUCCAGGAAACCUGACAGGAACGAAGAGUCCGAUGCCACAGUUGAACUAACUGUUGGUCCAAGGACCGAUGCAAAGAAUCAUUCUUCGGAGUCAUCCGUCAAGAAAGAUAGUCUGUUUGGACUGGCAAUUCGUCAAGAAAUGUUCAACCUCCCUGAUUUUCAGACAGAGUACGAGGAUGCUAAGUUUUAUGUCAUCAAGUCUUAUAGUGAAGAUGACAUCCACAAGAGUAUCAAAUAUUCGGUAUGGUCAAGUACACCAAACGGGAAUAAGAAGCUCGAUGCAGCUUUCCGUGAAGCUGAAGAAAAAUCAUGUGAGGAUGGGAAGAAGCGACCAAUCUUCCUAUUCUUCUCGGCUAAUGCAAGUAGGCAAUUCGUUGGCUUAGCUGAGAUGGUCGGAUAUGUAGACUUCAAUAAGGAUUUGGACUUUUGGCAAGUCGAUAAAUGGACCGGCUUUUUCCCGGUACAAUGGCAUAUUAUUAAGGACAUCCCCAACAGUGAACUACGCCAUAUUACCCUCGAUAACAACGAGGGCAAGCCCGUAACUCAUACCAGAGAUACUCACGAGAUAAAGCUUAAAGAAGGUCUUAGAAUGCUUACCAUAUUCAAGAAAUAUUCAGUGGGAUCAUCGUUGUUAGAUGAUAUGGACUUCUAUGAAGAACGUGAGAAAGCCCUCAAAGCCAAGAAGGCGAAUAAACCCGCUGCUACUCUACGCAUGGAUUUCUACAAAGACACCGACUUUGAUAAUGAGAUCGAAGGCGAUAGGAGAAGGAGAGAAAGAAGAGAAGUUCAUCGGAGGGAGAAAACGCCGUCUUCUCUCGUCAAUCUCACCAAGAAUCUCUCGCUAACAGGCGGCUGCUCGACUUCUAAGAACAUUGCCGGCAAAUCAACAUGAGAGUUUCUUCUUUUCCGAUCUAUAGUUUCUUCUUUUCGAGCCAUUGUUUUGAACUCUCUUGUUUCUUGUUUCUUGUCCUGUCUCAGUUCUGGUUUUGCUGGAACUUCAUUACCUGGGAUGUUUGGUUUUGUUUUUGUCAGUUUUCAUGAGGAGAGCCACCAUUCUCACUCUCUAUUUUACAGUUGAGUUAAUAAAAUGUUCCCUUACAGUGGUUUUAGUUU